AUGGCCACCCGUGUGUUCUUCGACAUCACUGCCGAUGGUUCCCAGUUGGGACGUAUUAUUUUCGAGCUGUACGCGGAUGUGCCGAAGACCGUGGAAAAUUUCCGAGCUUUGUGCACAGGGGAAAUGGGCUACGGCUACAAGGGAUCCAAAUUUCACAGAAUAAUUCCCCAAUUCAUGUGUCAGGGUGGUGACUUCACUGCUGGAAACGGCACGGGAGGCAAAAGCAUUUACGGAAACAAGUUCGACGACGAGAACUUCAAACACAAGCACACGAAGCCUGGUCUGCUGUCGAUGGCCAACGCUGGUCCAAACACCAACGGAUCUCAAUUCUUCAUCACUACGGUUCCCUGCUCUUGGUUGGAUGAUAAGCACGUUGUUUUUGGUGAAGUCAAGGAAGGAAUGGAUGUCGUCAAAAAAAUGGAGGCGCUCGGAUCCAGCAGCGGUAAAACUAGCAAAACGGUGGUUAUUGCUGAUUGCGGGCAGCUGUAA